CUGGCGAGAGAGCAGCUCCCCACCCCCCGUCCACCAUCAGAGCGGCCCGCCUGUGAUGCCGAGAAACAACAUCGAUCAAGGUUUCUCGGAAGUAAUAACAUAUUUUAACAUGAUCAAAGUACUGAAGACCAUUUUAUGAAAAAAAAUAAAGUUGAAAAACCUGAUAAAAUUAAUUUUAUUGUAUUAAAAAUGCUAUUAUGAGAAUACAUGCAACAAAUUUACUUCAAAACUAAAAUUAAAUCGACAAAAAACCCAACAAAACCGCCACCCAAAAAAUGGCUACUCCCAACUAUUCGCGCUCGACCUUCGACCCGGACGUCGUCCCCGGUUCCACGCCGGAUUCUACCCCGGACUCGGAAGCGGCUCCUUCCUCAACCCUUCACCCAGGAGGGGCCACCACCGAUCAGCGCUGCUAUCAGGACGAGACGCACGCGGUGCGCCUGCUGCGGUCACUCAACGCCCUCCGCAAGGACGCCACGCUGUGCGACGCCCGCCUUUCUGUGGGCGGAACGCAGUUUUGCGCCCAUUCGGCUGUUUUGGCGGCGGCGAGCCCCUACUUUCAAGCUAUGUUCGCCGGACCGUUGUCCGUUGUCACAGCAACUGGUGGGGUCGCGGCUGAUGGCGCUGUCGACGGCGGUUGUGACGACGGUGGUGGUGACGACGGUGGUGGUGACGACGGUGGUGGUGACGACGGUGGUGGUGACGACGGUGGUGGUGUUGACGACGGUGGUGGUGUUGACAGUGGGAGUCACGUAAAAGUAGAUGGUGACUCCGACAAAGCAAGCAAGGUGGUCCAGUCCGAGCCUUUGGUUCAAAUAGGAGGCAUUGAUGCGGAGACCUUUGAGAUUUUGCUGAACUACGUGUACACAGGCUCUCUCAAGUUGUCCGAAUCAAACGUCCAGGACGUCGCCAUAGCUGCCGACAUGCUUAGCCUGGCUGGCGUCGUUAGGAUCUGCAGUGACUUCCUGCGGGAGCACAUAUCGGCUGAGAACUGCCUGGGGGUGAUGAUGUUCGCCACCGCCAUCUCCUGUCCCGACCUGGAGGCCCAUGCCUGCCAGUUCUUCUAUGACAACUUCGUUCCUGUGUCUGAGGAGGCGGAGUUCUUGUCGCUCCCCCCAGCCCUGGUGCUGAAUGCCCUGGGCAGCGAGGAGCUGCGCGUGGAGCGUGAGGAGCAGGUGCUGACAGCGGCGAUGCGCUGGUUGCUGCACGCUCCGGCCUCGCGCCGCCUCCACCUCCUCCACAUCAUCAAAGCCGUGCGGCUCCCACUGAUCCCGCCCACCACCGUCACCUCCACCAUCGACGCCAUUGAAGAUCUCAGCGUUCGAGUGGCCCUGCAGGUUUUGCUGGAUGAGUACCAGGUCCCUCGACUGAGCAAGUCCUCCCGACCAACCGCCGUCUCCACCUCUGACUUUUCUCGUAGAGCCAAGCCGCGGAGAAAAGCUCGCAAAUACCUCUACGUCAUCGGAGGAUACACAAGGCAGCAGGGGGGUCGAUGGGGAGACAGCCGCGCUCUGAGCUGUGUGGAGCGUAUGGACACCAUCUCACUCUACUGGACAUUGGAACCAUCUCUCCACCAGGCCCGGAGUGGUCACUGUGUGGUCACGCUCGAUGGAUUCAUUUACGCAAUUGGAGGAGAGAGCGAAUCAAUGAUCUUCGCAUUUGUGGAGAGGUUUGACCCCGUGUGUCGGCAGUGGGCUCCCGUAGCAUCCAUGCUCUCCCCUCGAUGCAGCUUUGGAGCCUGUGUCUGCAAUGGAGCCAUUUACGUCAUGGGAGGCUGGGUGGGUGCCGACAUAGGCUCAUCGGUGGAGCGUUAUGAUGCGGCCGAGAAUCGCUGGGUGGCUCUGGACAGCAUGGAACCUCCUCGUCACAGCUUUGGUUGCUGCCACAUGGACGGCCUGAUCUACGUGGCGGGCGGGCUGGGCGUGGGCAGCUCGGAGCUCUCGUCAACGGCGUCGUUCGAUCCGCGGAGGCAGCGCUGGACGUGGCUGCCUGCGCUGCAGCGCGCGCGCUCCCACGUGGCGCUGUGCGCACUGGGCGGUCGCAUCUACGCGCUCGGAGGCUGGGACGACGCGCUGGGCGCCCUCGACUCCGUGGAGGUGUACUCGCCCGAUGAGGAAUGUUGGCAGGAAGCCCCGCCCAUGCCCUGCGCCCGUGCCGGUUGCGCCGCGGUGGCCGUCGGGGGCCGCCUGUACGUGACGGGGGGCCGCAUAGCCCCCCCGGGGGGUGGGCUCUUCUCCUCCAUGGCGUUGCCAGGCGCAGAGGGCUCCUUGUGGGGGACGGCGCCCCCCGUGACGCUCGACAGCACGGAGAUGUUCGACCCGACCAGCGGCACGUGGCAGACGCUCGGAAGGCUCGUGACGAGCCGCACGGAGGCCGGCCUCGCCGCUAUCUAAACUCGCGCAGGGGCCGAGCAGGCUUGAGGCAGACCUUAGCGGACCCAACUGGACCCUGACUGAGCCAUAUUAGACCUGGAGAGGCAUCGCCAGGAAUUGCUCGGCAUGAUUAGGCCUGAACUGGUCCCACGAUAUCAUGACCAAAUACGGACUAGAUCUGAACUGGUUUGGACCAGAUAUUAUUAGGCCUCUUUGGGAACAAGAAGUGCCUAACGAAACCCCAAUCAGAUCCGUUUAGUUCGAGGAUCGUGCAUUGAAGGUGCCAGAACUGGAGUUUAACGGGUCCAGCAACAUCCUGAUCGGGCCCAGUUAGGCCUGAACAGGCAAGACCAGGUCUAAGUGGGCCUGAGAAAGAUUCCUAAUGAGACUGGAGGUUAAGAUUGGGUGUUAGCGGAGGUCAGUGUGUCUGCUUACUCAAUUGAACAUGGAGUUGCACUCAUCUCGGUUGACAAUCACAAGCCGCCUGGGUUAGAAAUGAUAUAUUUCCAUGACAGAGACAAGUAUCACUAGGACAACCACGCUUGACUUCAAGGUAGGACCUGUUUAGUCCCAAUUAGGCCUUGUAAGGCGUGGCUCUGCACAGCCAGGCCAGUAUUCAUUUUAUUUACCCGAGAGGGAUGAUCAUGAGCCUCGUCAAACCGAGGCGAGACUUUGAAUUUGAGACCUUUUGACCAGGCAUCACACGCUGUUACCAUUGAGUCACGCGGCUGAUAGGGUUAGAGUUGGAUUGAAGGUCGUAGCUUUGCUAUAGUGUUACCCAUUUGGGUAUAUGGGAAUGUGUGGAUUUAGGCAGUUCUAUGUCAUUAGUUAUGUAAUAUAAAGUAUGUACAUUUUGACUUAAAGCUUUCGUGACUGCAGGAAUUCAUAUUCUUUGGGUAUUUCGGUAAAGCCACGUAGAUAGAAAAAUUAUAAAUACAAAAUCACGACGUUUCGAUCGCAACACAAGUAUUCUCUCAAUUUCAAUUUAAAGGGUUUUUAUAAAUUUCUCAGCGGAUACAAAGAGAACCCAAGAAAACACAAGAAACAGCACUCCAUCCCGGACACUACGACGGGCCCAUUCCGAUCUCCGUCACAUCCGUGGGCACCCCCCCCCCCCCCCAUAUACAAAGCAAAAACCCUGCAACCGCAACGCCCACCGCCCCGCACCCCCACAACCACCGUCCCCAACACCAUUUACCCACGCAAUGCUUCACCACAUCGCCUUCCCUCGACCGAACACGGACAUCCUUCGCCCGCACCACUCAGCAGGCCGGCAAGAUCACGCAUGUCCCCCCCCCGUCCCUUCCCAUACCCCCGACCCCUCCCUACCCCACCCCGGGUAGGGGCCACUUCCACUUCAUACCCGCGGCCUUGUAUCCCAGCGCAACCCGGUCCACUCCCAUCACCCUGUCCAGCAGCCUGCUCGCCCAGUAACACCCCCCCAAAGGCGUCACAGGAGACCCAUCCAGCUCCUUUCUUCGCGCCCCCCACAAGGCCUCCUUCGUCGCACCUAUUAUGGCCCACGCCCGAUCUCUGUCGUCCCCUCCCCCAUCCCCCUUAAGACUCCCCACAUAAUGUCCCGCAUUGACACCUGCGCCGGGUAAAACCGGGACAACAGCGGACCGCUCCGUCUCCACACCUCCUGUGCGAAGGGCCACUUCACCAUGAUGUGCACCGCUUCCUCAUCUGUGCCGCAGCCCCUCGGGCAUUUGGGGGAGCGUGCCAUUUGGCGGGAAAACAUGAAGCUCCUCGUCCCCAAUCUGUCCCGCACCGCCAACCAGGACAGGCCCCUCUGCUCCUUUGUGAGCCCAGUUGAUGAAGUGUUCCUGCACACUUGUCGGUGCACAGCCCUCUUCGCUCCCACCACCCCCUCGCAGGCCUCCCCUUCGUCCACUUCGGCCGUCACCUUCCUGGGGUUCCACGGUCCCCCUCUCUGGCUCAACCCAUACUAGAUUUGAAGCUUUCGUGACUGCAGUGAUUCAUAUUCUUAGGUUCUUUCGGUAAAGUCACGUAGGUAAAAAUUUAUUAAAAUUAAUAAAAGUAAAAUAAAAAUAAAAUAAAAAUCACAGAUUUUUAUUUAAUUUUUAUUUCACUGAUUUUUAUUUUACUUUUAUUAAUUUUAAUAAUUUUUUACCUACAUGACUUUACCGAAAAAAACCUAAGAAUAUCAAACCAUACUCAUUUAUGUCGUCCCCCACCACCGUGUUGAGCCAGCCCUGUGGCCAGGCCGAGGGUGUACCCCUCGCCAAUUGGGUCAUCCCAAACCGCCUCGGGAGCCACGUCAGGCCAUACCUCAAAUAACAGGCGGCCUUCCCCCGGGGCCCUUGGGAACAAGUAUUCUCUCACAAUACAAUGGCCACCUCCACAGCUUCGUCGUCGUGGAGGUAGCCCAGCCAGAGGUCGCAAACGGGUUUUGAUUCCUUACCCGUACCCGGCCGCACCAGGGUCGCAAAUGGGUACCCGUACCCGGCCGGGUACGGGUACCCGUUCCCUACCCUACCCGAAAUGAGUGACAAACGGUUACUCACCAGUGACUCGCGGCCUAUCCGUACCCGUACCCUGGCUGCACCAGGGUCGCAAACGGGUACCUGUACCCGUACCUGGCCGGGUACGGGUAGCCGGGUAUGGGUAGGGUACGGAUAUCGGGUACCCGGUUGCGACCUCUGAGCCCAGCUCACCCAUCUUACAUUGACAUGCAAAUUUAAUCUCUAGCCCCGCCCACUUCGCUUAUGACCCUUGGGCUAGACCCAUCUCAAACCUUUAUAACAUCCUGCCUCAGCAGCUCUCCCGCUAUAUUUUUUACCUGAUGACGAUUGCUUGUGUUGCGAUCGAAACGUCGUGAUAUUUUUAUUUAUUAUUUUUCUAAGUGGCUUUACAGAAAGACCCAAAGAAUAUGUACAUUUUGUACAUUUCUAAAAUAUGAUUUAUUUCUCACCUUUAUUUAAUCAGGUGAUAACCCACUUAUCAUCUAUCAUCUUUUUUUAUAAGUGUCGGGUCAGUUUUGUUUCACAAAUACAAAGGAGGCCUCGUCACAGCAAAACACUCCACUAUUCCUGAUGCAAUUAUCUGGCUCCACCACAAUGUAAAAUUGUACUUGUGGCUCUACAUGAACUUCAGCCAUACGAGGGAGUAUUUAUUUCACAUUUUAAUAAUUUUUUGACUAAAAUGACACAUUAAAGUGUCUCCUUGCUGAAACAAGGAUGGUGCUCAUAUCUGCUGAUGACUCAUAGCCAGCAGUGGAAAUUCCACAACCAUGAAUGGGCCAAUCUUUACAGGGAACUACCACAAGGUGUAUAAUUGUCUUUUACACUCGCGAUACAUGCGUCGAAUUGUGCGUACGAGAAUGAAUAUAUUUACAAUUUAUGCAAAUAAUAUGCAAGUGAUGUGCUGUUACAUUUAGGCUGAACACGAAAUACGAAGCUGAAAAAAUGAGAACAGCAUACGUG